CUACUUAGAACAAGUUCAAUCCUUUCGAGUGUUGUUUUUUUCAAGAGAUUUGGCAAUGGUGUAAAAAGAAAAUGGUGUUGUUUCGAUCGAAGACGGCGAUAAUAUACACUAAUGGAAACCAACAUAGGCCAAGAAACAACAACAAUGGCUUCUUGCUGUUGUAAAAUCUCAUCCAUCGUACCUCUUUUUGUAUUCUUUCUCCUUGUUUCUUCUCCGAUUCAUACCGCUCGGGAAACCGACGAUCCCCAUGCAAAGAACCAAACUUUGCGGCCACAAGAAGAGUUGCAGAAGUUGAAAAUAGUAAGGGAAAGUCUCAGAAAGAUCAACAAGCCGGCUCUGAAGACGAUACAGAGUCCGGAUGGUGAUGUUAUUGAUUGUGUGUUACUGCGACAUCAACCAGCUUUCGAUCAUACUCAAUUAAAAGGAAGAAAACCGUUGGUUCCACCAGAGAGACCAAAUGGUCAUAAUCCAAAAAGGAUGAUGAUGGCAGCAGAAGAUUUUCAGUUAUGGAGAAGAUCGGGUGAAACAUGUCCGGAAGGGACGAUUCCGAUCAGAAGAACGACCGAACAAGACAUGUUGAGGGCUAGUUCCGUCGCGAGUUUCGGCAAGAAAUCCGCGAAACUUGUUCGAAGAGACACAACUAACGAUGGUCACGAGCAUGCAGUUGGGUACGUGAGUGGAGAUGAAUACUACGGAGCUAAAGCAAGCAUAAACGUGUGGGCACCAAAUGUCACUAAUCAAUACGAAUUCAGCUUAUCACAAUUGUGGGUCAUCUCCGGUUCAUUCGGCGACGAUCUCAACACCAUCGAAGCUGGCUGGCAGGUCAGCCCGGAGCUAUACGGGGACUAUUAUCCAAGAUUUUUCACUUAUUGGACCAGUGAUGCAUACCAAGCAACAGGGUGCUAUAAUUUGCUGUGCUCAGGCUUUGUUCAAACUAAUAAUAAGGUUGCCAUUGGAGCUGCAAUCUCGCCAACAUCAUCCUAUGGUGGUGGACAAUUUGAUAUCAGCCUCUUGGUUUGGAAGGAUCCAAAGCACGGUAAUUGGUGGCUCGAAUUCGGAUCGGGGAUUCUCGUAGGAUAUUGGCCAUCAUUCUUGUUCACCCACCUAAGGGACCAUGCUAGCAUGGUACAAUUCGGAGGAGAAGUUGUAAACUCGAGCCCGGGAGGUUCCCACACAUCGACCGAGAUGGGCAGCGGCCAUUUCGCCAGCGAAGGCUUCGGAAAAGCCUCGUAUUUUCGAAAUUUGCAAGUUGUUGAUUGGGACAAUAACUUAAUCCCAUUACCAAACCUUAAGGUGCUUGCAGAUCAUCCCGGUUGCUAUGAUAUCCAAGGAGGGAUCAAUGCAGUUUGGGGCAAUUAUUUUUACUAUGGAGGACCUGGGAGAAAUGUGAAGUGCCCUUAAAGACAAGGGUAUUUGAUGGAAUUUUUAAUUUAAAAGAAAUUAUAUAGUUUUUUUUAAUACUUGUUGGGUUUCUUGAGAAGAUCAUUGAUGAGUGAGUUUGGGUAUUU